UUUCAUUACUUAACAACAUCCGGUUAGCAUCCAUAGCUAUUUGUUUGCAACUGAAAUCCCUGUGCUUGAUAUUGCAUCUAUGCUAUUUGACUUUUGCCACUGACAGUGUUCAGGUUUGCUAAAAUAAGGUGCUGUUACUUGAAAGGGGCAGACAAUACAACGACUUCAGCUCAGAUGUGACGGUGCCAUCUUGCUGUGUGCCAUGAGUAACAGCCACCCCCUGCGGUCACUGACCUCUGUGUCAGAGAUAGACCACCUGCACCUGCUGUCGGAGCACCUGGGCUCUCUGGUGUCUGGCGAGGAGUACAGUGAUGUCACCUUUGUUGUCGAGGGGAAGCGCUUCCCUGCCCACCGGGUCAUCUUGGCGUCACGGUGCCAAUAUUUCAGAGCCAUGCUCUUUAAUGGCAUGAAGGAGUCCCAGCCCCAGGCCGAGGUACCCCUGGAGGACACGCAGGUUGAGGCAUUCUCCAUGCUCCUGCAGUACCUGUACACGGGCCGGGUGAGCCUGAGUACGGCCCGCGAGGACGUUUUACUGGACUUCCUGGGCCUGGCGCACCGCUACGGCCUCCAGCCACUAGAGGACAGCACCUGUGAGUUUCUGCGCACGGUGCUGCACACGCAGAAUGUAUGCUUGGUGUACGAUGUGGCCAGCCUCUACUGCCUGGGGGGCCUGGCGCAGGCGUGCUGUGCCUACAUGGACCGGCAGGCGCCCGAGGUGCUGGCAUCAGACUGCUUCCUCACUCUCUCUAAGACUGCUCUUCUGGCUGUGGUGCAGCGGGACUCGUUUGCCGCCACCGAGCGGGAGAUCUUCCAGGCGCUGUGCCGCUGGUGCCGGCACAACUGUAACAACGAGGUGACAGCGCAGGAAGUGAUGUCGGCAGUGCGCCUGCCCCUCAUGAGCCUGAUGGAGAUGCUAAAUGUGGUGCGGCCCUCUGGCCUCCUCAGUCCCGACAACUUGCUCGACGCCAUUAAGACGCGCUCGGAGAGCCGCGACAUGGACCUUAACUACCGAGGCAUGCUCAUCCCUGAGGAGAACAUUGCCACCAUGAAGCACGGUGCCCAGGUGGUGAAGGGCGAGCUGAAGUCGGCGCUGCUGGACGGAGACACGCAGAACUAUGACCUGGACCACGGCUUCUCCCGGCACCCCAUUGAGGAGGACGGGCGAGCAGGCAUCCAAGUCAAGCUGGGCCAACCCUACAUUGUCAACCACGUACGCCUGCUGCUGUGGGACCGCGACAGCAGGUCGUACUCUUACUAUGUGGAGGUGUCUAUGGAUGAGCUAGACUGGGUGCGUGUAGUGGACCACUCCAAGUUACUCUGUCGUUCCUGGCAGAGUCUAUUCUUCACAGCGCGUGUUUGCAGGUAUGUACGCAUUGUGGGGACACACAACACCGUGAACAAGGUGUUCCACCUGGUGGCCUUUGAGUGCAUGUUCACACAGCGACGAUACAUUCUGGAGAAAGGACUCCUGGUCCCCGACCGUAACGUGGCAACCAUCGCAUGCGGGGCCAGUGUGAUCGAGGGUGUGAGCCGGAGCCGCAACGCCCUGCUCAACGGGGACACCUCCAACUACGACUGGGACUCGGGCUACACCUGCCACCAGCUGGGCUCAGGGGCCAUCGUCAUCCAACUGGCUCAGCCCUACAUGUUGGGCUCACUCAGACUCCUGCUCUGGGACUGUGAUAACCGCAGUUACAGUUACUACAUCGAGCUGUCCACCAACCAGCAGCAGUGGACCAAGGUGGUGGACCGUACCAAAGCGGCUUGCAGGUCUUGGCAGACGCUGGUGUUUGACAAGCACCCCGCCUCCUUUGUGCGCAUCGUGGGGACCCACAACACAUCCAACGAGGUGGGGAGAGAUGAGCAGGCUCGGGAAGUGUUCCACUGCGUCCACUUCGAGUGCCCCGCCCAGCUCGACACAGAGGUCAAAGAGGGCAGCCCGAACUCUAAGUCCCAGCAGCCUCCGCUACAGCCCCAAUCACCCUCCCAGUCCCAGCUUCAACUCCCCACCCGGCCUUCCUCUGCCUCCUCGUCCUCACACUCCCACCCCCUCUAAGGGGUUUGCCAACCCCAACCUCUCCCUUCGACUCCAGGAGAAAACCACAGACACUACCUUAGGCAUCUCAAUCCACGCAAGCUUCUUUUGUGAUGUUACUCGACAUAAUAUGCUGCUCAAAUGAAAUAAAUAUAUAUUUAUAUGAAAUUAAA